AGAUGAGGAACUGAGCUGAGCCUGGUGUAAACUAGCUGGUUUGCAAGAGAAGCGCUGACAUGUGUGGAAUCUUUGCCUAUCUGAACUACCAUGUGCCACGGACUCGCCGGGAGAUCCUGGAGAUCCUCCUCAAAGGCCUGCUUCGUCUGGAGUACCGUGGCUAUGACUCUGCCGGUGUUGGAAUUGAUGGAGGGAACGGCAAGGAAUGGGAAGUCAAUGCCCGGUCUAUUCAGCUGAUCAAGCAGUCCGGAAAAGUGAAGGCUCUUGACGAUGAGCUCACAAAGCAGCAGGACAUGGACAUGGACGUGGAGUUUGAUGUCCACCUUGGCAUCGCCCACACUCGCUGGGCUACCCAUGGUGCCCCCAGCCCUGUCAACAGCCACCCACAAAGGUCUGACAAGAGCAACGAGUUCAUUGUCAUUCAUAAUGGAAUUAUCACAAACUACAAAGACCUGCAGAAAUUCCUGGAGAGCAAGGGUUAUGAGUUUGAGUCUGAGACGGACACAGAGACCAUUGCCAAGCUGGUAAAGUACAUGUAUGACAACCGUGAGAGUGAAGACCUCAGCUUUGCUACUCUGGUGGAGAGAGUGACCCAGCAGCUGGAAGGAGCGUUUGUCCUGGUCUUCAAGAGUGUCCAUUACCCAGGAGAGGCUGUAGGCACCCGGAGGGGAGGUCCUCUGCUUAUUGGGGUGAAAAGUGACCACAAGCUGUCCACAGAUCACAUUCCUAUCCUGUACCGAUCAUCUGGUAAGGACAAGAAGGGCUGCCCCACCCUGCCCAGGAUGGAGCAGGACACCUGCCACACGCUCUUCGCUGAGGAAAAGAAGUCUGUGGAGUACUACUUUGCCUCUGAUGCCAGGAAAGUGGGAAUUAACAACAUCAUUAACUUGGAUUCACUGUUGCCCCGUUGUCCUGGCAGCGCGGUGAUUGAGCACACCAACCGUGUGAUCUUCCUGGAGGAUGAUGACGUGGCAGCAGUGACGGCCGGACGGCUCACCAUCCACCGCAUCAAGCGUACAGCCGGAGACCACCCUGCCCGCGCCAUCCAGACCCUGCAGAUGGAGCUGCAGCAGAUCAUGAAGGGGAACUACAGCUCCUUUAUGCAGAAGGAGAUCUUUGAACAGCCAGAGUCUGUGGUCAACACCAUGAGAGGAAGGGUCAACUUCAAUGACAACACAGUAACCCUGGGUGGACUGAAGGAUCACAUUAAAGAGAUCCAAAGGUGUCGACGGCUCAUCCUCAUCGCCUGUGGCACCAGCUACCAUGCUGGGGUGGCGACUCGCCAGGUCCUGGAGGAGUUGACAGAGCUGCCUGUUAUGGUGGAGCUGGCCAGCGACUUCCUGGAUAGAAACACACCAGUGUUCCGUGACGACGUCUGCUUCUUCAUCAGCCAAUCAGGCGAGACAGCAGACAGCCUGAUGGCCCUGCGCUACUGUAAGGAGAGAGGAGCCCUGACGGUGGGCGUCACCAACACAGUGGGCAGCUCCAUCUCUAGAGAGACAGACUGUGGGGUGCACAUCAACGCUGGGCCAGAGAUAGGAGUGGCCAGCACCAAGGCCUAUACCAGUCAAUUUGUGGCUCUGAUCAUGUUUGCGCUGUUGAUGUGCGAUGACAGGAUUUCCAUGCAGCCACGGCGACGUGAGAUCAUCCAGGGCCUGAGAGUUCUGCCAGAUCUGAUAAAGGAGGUGCUUAGUCUGGAUGAUGAGAUCCAGAGGCUGGCAGCAGAGCUGUACCAGCAGAAGAGUGUUCUCAUCAUGGGCCGAGGCUACCACUAUGCCACCUGCCUGGAGGGAGCACUGAAAAUCAAGGAGAUCACAUACAUGCACUCAGAGGGCAUCCUGGCCGGGGAGCUGAAGCACGGGCCUCUGGCCCUAGUCGACAAACUCAUGCCCGUCAUCAUGAUCAUCAUGAGAGACCACACCUACACCAAGUGUCAGAAUGCACUGCAGCAGGUGGUGGCCCGUGCGGGCCGACCCAUCGUGAUCUGUGACAAAGAUGACUACGAGACUGCCAAGAGCUCGAGCCGCACCAUCAAAGUGCCGCACUGUGUGGACUGUCUGCAGGGCAUCCUGAGUGUCAUCCCCCUGCAGUUGCUCUCCUUCCACCUGGCUGUGCUCAGGGGCUUUGACGUGGAUUGCCCAAGGAACCUGGCCAAGUCUGUGACUGUAGAGUGAAACGCGUCCUUUUGAAGAUCCAAAAACCCAUUUCAGAAACUUUCCUGUUUUGUGUGUCAUUGCUCUUUUUAAUGCAAUUGUUACUCUGGUACACUAAACAUGUACUGUAUCUGUCUCUUUUCUCAAAACAUACAUCUGAAGACAUUGUUACAUCAUAGAUAUUUUUUGGGGGGGGGUCAUUGGUGGGAAGGGUUGGCAGUAAAUGUUGGCAUUUGGGUGCUACCAUGGGUUACUGGACUGUAGGCAGUUAAUGAUCCAACUGAAGAAAAGACUGAGCUGUAUCCAUUUUGGAUGAUACACAACAGUGCUCAUAACUUAAAUGUUGGAUACUUGCUGCUGGUUUUACAUUUAAUUCAGCUGUUGUCAAGAGUCUGCACAUGAAAAUCUUACUGAAGUUACUGGUUAUUUUGGUGUUUCAUUGGUGCAAUAAUUUGGUCUGAUCUGUUUUCUUUGGCAGCUCGAAACAUCUGUCGUUUGAAAUGUUUCUGUUACGCUUGUGUGUGUUGAGUAAAUUAUUAAAGGGGCAGUGCAGUUAAGUCACAUAUCCUUCUUUUUUUAAAUGUUUUUUAACACAGGUAGAAAUGACACAUUGUGAAAAUGAAAACACCCUUUUUGGGAAAUAAUGCCUGGAAUUUCAGCUUGUAGGUGAGCUGGAACCUUUUACCCACAUCAUGAUCUGAUUGAUAAUAGAGCAAUUACUGUUUAAGGGGUGGGCUCUAGACCAGCCAAUCAGAUAUAUAAAUGCCCACUCGAUCAGACUUAGCAUUUCAAGGGCCAAUGGAGGCUCAGGGACGUAAAUGAUAAAUGUGAUUUUCAUUAAGUACAUUGUCUAAUAAAUCAGUGAUUGAUUUAAAGCAUGGGUGCUUUAAAUGUUUGAGCUAUAGGCCUGACUACAUCUGAAGUGCUUCCUAGAAGGUGUCAUAAGUCAUGCUUUAGUCUACUGACCUGUUCCAGAGACUAUUGAGAACUCUCCAUUGUUAUACUCAAAAAUACCAUGACAAAUCAAUAGAAUUUGUCUCCUAUGCAAGUUUUGAAGGUGUUAAGGGCAAUAUGAAACUUGCUACAGACUUGCUUGUGUUCAAUACUGUGCACCUAUUUGUUUUGAAUCAUUGGUUAGGUUACAAAAGCAACUUGACAAUAAUUCACUCAUUGUGUUUUGACAGACAGGAGGGUUAAACUCUUGCUUAAACCAAGUUGGUCGUCUGAAUAAUUGACUGUCCUGGCAUAAUCAUGCGUCCAGCAACAUUUAUUACUCUGUAGGCAUAUGUUACUAGCAUUGUGACUUGAUGACAGUUUAGCAAUAUUCAACUCUUCUGUUCUUGUUGGCCCAUUUUUUUUUUUGUUGCUUUGUUACCCGGGCUCAGUUUGGGUCUCUGUUUUACAAUAACUCAACUCUUUUUACAAGAGAAAUGGAGUUGCUGAUGAGCGUAAUCUGCACCAAGGUUUUGUCGACCCAUGCCCUGCCACCAUACCAAUUUGAUUGCAAUAUUGGGACCAUGGUUUUCUUUAAAAUUUAAUGUUUUUGUAUACAGCAACUUAUGUUCAAGAGGUCUCUGUACUGUGGGUUAUGCUAUCAACAAAACACCAUGCUAUGUUCAUUUUGCUUUGAGUAAACAAAGGUGUGGUGUUAGAGAUGCUGUUGAUAGGGGUUUGUAAGUGCUCUGCCUACAAGACACCUACAGAGCAAUGCAGUACGCCUGUUUGACUAUGUAGCUGUUUUAUAACCUAACAUGUCAGCUGUGGGCUCUCCCAAAUGUGUCGUUAUAAGCCAAGGAGUAAAGUGGUAUGCUGGUUUGAAUGCAAAAGGGUCACUGACAAAACGAGACAGGUUCUUUGCUUAUUUGUAUUUCACCUAAAGAUCUUGCAAUCAGGCCUUAAUUACCUGAAAAGGGGGUUUCCCCAAGUAAAGAGUUACCUGUCUUUGCAACUGUGUUAUCAUUGUAUUACAUUUACUGAGCCCUUUGUAUCUGCCUACGUUGAAAGAUCCUAGCAAAGACCAAGUUUUACACUGGAGGUGCUUUAGUAACUCUGAAAAAUGCAGGCCUUUGACAGGCUCAGACUCAAAGUAUGGACAAGGCCACUGCACUAACACUCAGCCCCUGGAACAUCUGUUGGAAACUUGUGGGGCACUAUUUAUGACGGUUACAAUAGUGUCUAGUACUCUACUUUCACUGUCUUUUUAAAAUGGGUUUUGACAGUGUACAGUAGGAUUAAGUACUCAAUAAUGCUUAUGGAUCAAUGUCCCUAUCUCAUCCAUAAAAUUGCCAUUAUGACAGAUACUGUAACUUGCCAAGAUUUCCAAAUAUGUAGUUGGACAAUGAUUUAACUAAGAGUUAAGGAAACAUUUUAAUAGUUAUUGCCAGUUGAAAAUACAAUAAACACUUGAAGGGAAGUUGAA